AGCAGAAGGCUCUGUAAGGAUAAAGCCUUUGACUUUGAAAUAUUAGUCAUCCAUCCAGGAAAAUAUGGGGAGGAGGUAGGAUGAGAUGCAAGGAUCAGUGCUCUUGGUGCUAUGUGGAAGUAAUGACCAUGGCAGUAUAGCUGCUCCCCUGAGAGGAAUAAAUGAAUUGGAAGAGUUGAGGUACCCUCAUCUAGUUGGGAGAGGUGGUCUCAACUGGUUUAUCUGAGCAGCUGUUGAUAUGUCAGAGGCUUGGAAUUGGCAGCAUCUAAAACUGUCUCAGCAGUGGUUCGCUGACCUCACCCAAGUUCCAAGCACUACUCUGCCUGAUCCUUUUUUCCUGAGCCUCAAAGCUAAAAUGCUCCAGAGCUCUUUCCUAUUGGCUGAGAAGGCCAAUUGAAGUUCCCUUGCCCAUGUUAGGAGGUGUACGCCUCCUGAACUAAAGAUAGAAACAGCUGGCCCUUCCAGGCAGCUAAAAGCCUCCAGACAGAGGUGUUCCCCACUCUGCAGCCAGACUCCUUGAAAUACCCUUUCAGUAAUUCUACCAACGCCUCCAUGUCUCUACUCUGCCAUAACAAAGGCUGUGGGCAACAUUUUGAUCCUAAUACCAACCUUCCUGGUGAGUAAAUCAUCCUGACCUGGCCAGGGGUUCUGGGUGUUUAGCUGUAGGACUUGUCAAAGAAAUGGGAUUUCUUUUUUUUAAGUCUUUAUUUGGUAUAAUUUUGAUUCAAGUGUCAAGCUUUGUUGGUUUAUUGCCUUAUAUGAAAAGAAACCAUAAACAUGAACCUGGAGAAAAGGUGACAAGUGACAUUUGGUAUAGUGGUCUUCGAUCUGGUAUCCACAGAUUCCUGUUGCUAUCACCCUGGGGUCCCAAUAUUCCACGAUGCACUUAAGGGUUGGUCAUGCUGCCGAAAGCGAACUGUAGAUUUCUCAGAGUUCUUAAACAUCAAGGGCUGUACUAUGGGACCACACUGUGCUGAGAAGUUUGCUGAGACCCCUCAGCCUGAAGACCCUGCUACAAGUUCACUUCUGGAGCAAAAACCUCUGAACACAAUUCAAAAGUCAGCAGAAACCUUACAACGAGAAAGGCCUAAGUCAGAGUUGCCUCCAAAACUGCUACCACUAAAUAUAUCUCAAGCCCUGGAAAUGGCAUUGGAACAAAAAGAACUAGACCAGAAACCUGGGGCAGGACUUGACAGUAGUCUGAUUCGGACUGGUUCGAGCUGCCAAAACCCAGGAUGUGAUGCUGUUUACCAAGGCCCUGAGAAUGAUGCUACUCCAUGUACCUACCACCCAGGAGCACCUCGAUUCCAUGAGGGGAUGAAGUCUUGGAGCUGUUGUGGCAUCCAGACCCUGGAUUUUGGGGCAUUUUUGGCUCAGCCGGGAUGCAGAGUUGGUAGACAUGACUGGGGGAAGCAGCUGCCAGCAUCUUGCCGGCAUGAUUGGCAUCAGACAGAUUCCUUAGUAGUGGUGACUGUAUAUGGCCAGAUUCCACUUCCUGCAUUCAACUGGGUGAAGGCUAGUCAAACUGAGCUUCAUGUCCACCUUGUCUUUGACGGUAACCGCGUGUUCCAAGCAGAGAUGAAGCUCUGGGGGGUCAUUAAUGUGGAGCAGAGCUCUGUCUCCUUGAUGCCAUCUCGGGUUGAAAUCUCCCUGGUCAAGGCUGACCCAGGAUCCUGGGCCCAGCUGGAGCACCCUGAUGCGCUAGCUGAGAAGGCUAGAACAGGAGUUGUCUUAGAGAUGGAUGAGGAAGAAUCUGAGGAUUCAGAUGAUGAUCUGAGCUGGACGGAGGAGGAGGAGGAAGAGGAGGAAGAGGAAGCCAUGGGAGAAUAAUAACACCAGACAGUUAAGUGUUUAGACAGGACCUCAGUGACUCCAUUAGAUUCUCAGAGACCAGUAUAAAGUUGACCAUGUGGUGUCAUUGAGCAGCAGAAGGCUGAAGGCAGGAAGAACUGUUCAAACCAUGCUGUUUUGUCCCUUAAAUAAAUUAUGUAUUCUGCAGCUUCA